AUGAAGGGCGGCUGGCCUAAUGCUAUGCAAGAUCAAAUGCAUUGGGUUUCCGGUCAAUCCGAAGAUCUUUUUAUGGUCAAGGGUGAAGUGAAGUACAUUCCAGCUCUAGUCCGCGGAAAGUCUGCCGAGUUCCGCACAACCCACUGCCAGCAACAACAACAGACGCGCGGGCGGCUUGUAGAAACAACUUUAGAAAAACGUGUAUGGUUUGCUGAUAUUGCUAUCUCUAUGAACGUACAGUGGCCAUAG